AUGGAGAACGAUACUCGCAAAAAUCUCGAAGAGGAGCCUUUGAAAAACGAAACAAAAAUCGACAUAAAUAACCUGAGUUUUUGGGAUAAAUUGAAAUAUGUUAAAUCGAACAUAACAGUCGAGCCUGUUCUGGCGUUAUUCGUAAUGCCAAGUGUUCUAGCGAUGUUGGCCACACAGAAUCUGAAUUUGGACAAGGCUUGUCGAGUUAAUUUGGAAUUCGAGGACAUCAUUUGUACAGAUUUGAGACUUAGAAAACGAGCUAAUCACACAUACGAAGAGUACGAAGUACAGAAAUUAAUAGCUUCCGUUCAGGCCUGGAGAAGUGUGAUACUGACAGCGGUACCCACAACCCUAAUGCUGUUUAUAGGUGCUUGGAGCGACAAAACGGGACGACGCAAAAUCUGUAUGACGUUGCCGAUCAUCGGGGAAAUCAUAACGUGUCUCAUGAAUAUAACGAACACGUAUUUCUUCUAUCAGGUCCCGGUGGAGCUAACUGUGUUUAUGGAGGUCAUAUUCCCAUCACUCACGGGCGGCUGGUACACAAUGCUGUUAGGAACUUACAGCUACUUGGGAGAUAUUACCUCAAAGGAAACGCGAACAUUCCGCUUGGGAAUAUUGAGUUUGUGCAUGACUGUAGGAUUUCCCAUAGGAAUGGGUAUGAGUGGUGUGCUGUUGAAGUACACUGGAUAUUAUGGCGUUUUUUCUCUGUCCGCGUUCUUCCAAACUAUGAACUUAUUGUAUGUUAUAUUUUUCAUCGACGAUCAUAGAUGGUUAGAGCAUAAGGAUAAGAAAAAACCAAUAGGAUGCAGUGGACAUAUUUUAGAAUUCUUCGACUGCCAUAGUCUAAAAGAGACAUUGCAUAUAGCAUUUAAAAAGGGUCCCAAUAAUAGGAGGCUGAAGAUAUGUCUGAUCAUGACAGUUGUUUGUCUGAGUUUUGGACCUUUAUGGGGUGAAAUAAGUAUAAUGUAUAUUUUUGCACGCUACCGUUUCAAUUGGGACGAAGUGAAGUACAGCAUUUAUUCAACUUACAAUCUUGUUACGCAUUCUAUAGGUACAAUGUUUUGUAUCACUGUGUUUAGUAAGAAAAUGGGUGUAGAUGAUGCAGUUUUAGGAAUGAUAUCGACGACUAGCAAAAUAGCCGGAUCUCUAGUUUUGGCUUUUGCUAGAAACAAUGUUGAAGUCUAUAUGGCACCACUCGUUGAAAUAUUGAACGGGACGACGACAAUAGCACUUCGUUCGAUCGCAUCUAAAUUGGUUUCUCACCAAGAGCUAGGCAAAGUGUUUUCUCUCUUCGGGGUUGCUGAAACCAUGAUGCCGCUCAUAUUCGCACCGCUGUAUUCCCGCGUGUAUAUCUUGACUCUACACGUCCUUCCCGGUGCUGCUUUCCUACUCAGUGUUUUAGCUACUAUACCAGCAUUAGGGAUAUUUACAUGGUUCUACAGACAACACAAAAAAGAUGCUAGAAAGAAAAGGUUGGAGUUACCUUUGAUGCAGACCUCAUCAACGGAAACACCAUCCACAAUGGAUAUAUAAAUACAAAUUAUAAUAAGCAAAUAAAAAGCUAUGAUUUAAUAAUUCAGUGUACAAAACUCAAUAAAUAAUAUUAAUAAUUAUUAUUAUUACAAAAAUAGAAUAAAUAGAUCAUUAGACUCUGUUCAGUCUAAUAUUCUCAAGAAAAAGAAAAAUAAAUAUUUUACAUAAUCUGUUUUGAUAUAAGCAGUGUAAAUACUUUAUUAGAAUUUUCUUAAAAAAAAAAAUGAAUUCGUUAUUAAUGAUAAAGAAAAA